ACUCUUUGAUUGGCACAACAUAUUUGGCUCAUCCAGAAUUUGUUAAUCUAUGGAGCAUAAUUCAACACGUGGGAUUGUGAUUCGCUUGAUUGAACGAAAGAGGAUUGGAUACAUAAAACAAGAGGAAGCGGGAAAUGACCGCGGAAUUAUAUUCUUUUGGAGAGAAAAUGGAGAGUAAAAGUGGGUUAAUGAGAUUCUAGAGAAUGAGAAUAUGAGAAUCCAAAACUAAAGAAAGCUUGAGGAAGAAGGAAACAGUAACAGAGUAUAAACCCUACGACCCAAAAACAAAUCUGUUCUGGGUUUCUCGAGCUUUCUUCGUCUAAGUAAAUGACGGAUUCUGAGCAUGAUAUCGAAAUCAGAUGCCAUCACUGCGCAGGCCCUCUUACGAAAAAUUUGGAAACCAGUAAAUGGACUGUGGCUCCGUUCAUCAGGGAUAGCUUUUCAAUGAUUGGAUCAGCUGUUGGUGGUACGGCAAGUGCAUUCAUUGGAUUUAACCAUGCAAUGCCAAUUGUACGCAAGUGGAUCAAAGGACCCAUGUGGUUACAUUUUCUUGUUGGGGCACCUCCUGUUAUAGUUCUUUCAUCAGCCUGUGCUGGACUAGCAGGUGGCACUGUACCAGCACUGGCACAGCUCGCUUCAUCUUCAUACCGAGCUGCAGUCCAUUCGUCUCAGCCACCACAAGCACAAAAGGAUAGCAAAAUGCAAAAGUCUACAACUUCUCCUCUGUAAAUCACACAGCACAGCUCUCUCUCUUUUGUUCUUAUUUUCUUUCUCUCCAUUUUGUAUGUCAAACCUUUUCAUUGAGAGAGAGCUUCUUGGUGUAAAUACAACUCUCUGGUAUUAAAUAAAAGCGGAUUAAUUUG